CAUCGACCAUUUACCAAUUAAUUGUGGAAUAUGAUAAUCAGGUUCUUGAAUGCUGGAGUCUUUGGGAAUGGGACGGAAUCUAGCCACACAUUGCCACACUCAGCCACAAGGGCAGCCAUGCUGGUGAGGAUCAACACCCUACUCCAAGGCUACUCAGGCAUCCGAUUCGAGAUCUUAGAAGCCAUCACCAAACUCCUAAACAACAACAUCACUCCAUGCUUGCCACUGCGUGGGACCAUCACUGCCUCUGGAGAUCUCGUCCCUUUAUCUUACAUCGCAGGGCUCAUAACAGGUCGCCCCAACUCCAAGGCAAGGGGCCCAGAUGGGGAAUGGCUCGAUGCUGCCGAGGCCUGCCGUGCCGCUGGAAUCGACCAUGGAUUCUUCGAGUUGGAGCCGAAGGAGGGUUUGGCCAUGGUCAAUGGAACCGCAGUGGGGUCCGGCAUGGCAUCGAUGGUCCUCUUCGAAGCUAACAUCCUGGCAGUCCUUGCAUCUGUUUUGUCAGCAAUCUUUGCGGAGGUGAUGCAAGGCAAACCGGAGUUUACGGACCAUCUGACACACAAACUAAAGCAUCACCCAGGUCAGAUCGAGUCAGCGGCGAUCAUGGAACACAUCUUGGACGGUAGCGCCUAUGUUAGAGCAGCAAGAAAGCUACACGAGAUGGAUCCCUUGCAAAAGCCCAAGAAAGAUCGUUACGCUCUCCAAACAUCUCCCCAGUGGUUGGGCCCACUGAUCGAAGUGAUCAGAACGUCUACAAAGUCCAUCGAACGGGAGAUCAACUCCGUGAACGACAACCCUCUGAUCGACGUGUCAAGAAACAAGGCCCUCCACGGUGGCAACUUCCAAGGGACUCCGAUUGGUGUAUCCAUGGACAAUACCCGCUUGGCCAUCGGUUCCAUCGGAAAACUCAUGUUCGCCCAAUUCUCCGAACUGGUCAACGAUUUCUACAACAAUGGUCUUCCCUCUAAUCUCUCCGGUGGCCGGAACCCUAGUUUGGAUUACGGCUUCAAGGGCGCCGAGAUCGCCAUGGCCUCUUACUGCUCAGAGCUACAAUUCUUAGCCAACCCAGUGACCAACCACGUCCAGAGCGCAGAGCAGCACAACCAAGACGUGAACUCCUUGGGUCUCAUCUCUUCCCGGAAGACAGCUGAAGCAGUGGACGUCUUGAAGCUCAUGUCAUCCACAUUCUUGGUUGCUCUGUGUCAAGCCGUAGACCUGAGACACUUGGAGGAGAACUUGAAACAGACAGUGAAGAACACGGUGAGCCAAGUGGCAAAGAAGGUUCUGACCAUGGGAGUAAACGCGGAGCUUGACCCAUCAAGAUUCUCCGAAAAGGAUCUACUCAAGGUGGUGGAUCGGGAGCUGUUGUUCGCCUACAUCGACGACCCAUGCAGUGCUACUUACCCACUCAUGCAGAAGCUGAGGCUGGUACUGGUGGAGCACGCGCUGAGCAACGGCGAGAAUGAGAAGAACGCCGGGACUUCCAUCUUCCAGAAGAUUAGGGCGUUCGAGGAGGAACUGAAGACGAUUUUGCCGAAAGAAGUGGAAGCGGCUAGAAUCGCGGUGGAGAGCGGGAAAUCGGCAAUCCCGAACCAGAUCAAGGAGUGCAGAUCGUACCCACUUUACAAGUUUGUUAGGGAGGAGUUGGUGACUGGAUUGCUUACAGGAGAGAAGGUGAGGUCGCCUGGAGAGGAUUUCGAUAAGGUGUUCACGGCGAUGUGUCAGGGGAAGAUGAUCGAUCCUCUACUCCAUUGCCUCAUGGAAUGGAACGGAGCUCCUCUUCCAAUCUGUUAGUUCUACCCCCUCACAGUCACCAGCAAAUGAUGCCAGAAAGAUCAAUCGAUCAAGGAUCUAAAGGGCCCACCAUAUUAUUUGAGUCAAAUUAAUAAAGUAGUAGCUUUUCAUUCAUAAUUACAAAUGCUCAAUACAAAAAACUCCUCAGACAUGUAAGGCUGUAAUCCUUUACCACGUAUACAUCACUUUUGUAAUGACAAUUAGCUAGCAACACUUGAAACCCAUCAACUUUGUUGUAAAGUAUAGCAACGGAAUGAGAGAGAGACACUUAUCUUUCAUAAAUGGGCAUUGACAGAAGUUAUUUCAA